AUGGCUAACAAUGAUGGUUGCAAAGACUCCGGUGUAAACUCAGGCGGAAGCGGCAGCGGCGGCCGUGGUAUACAAGAAAUGAAGCUUGCCAUAAAUUUUCAUGCCAUGGAGGAUAGGCACAAGCAUCCGAUAGAAUCCGGAAGGGACCGCAGGAUCACGUCGUUCUUGAACCAGAACCCGGCAUGUGCAUCAUGCCGCUACCAGCGGCGCAAGUGCACACCGGACUGCCCCAUGGCCCCCUUCUUCCCACCCGACCGCAUGAGUGACUUCCUCAAUGUCCAACGUCUGUUUGGUGUCAGCAACGUCAUAAAGCUCAUCUCCAAGUUCGGAAAGCCUGACGAAAGGGCUGCUGCCAUGAGAUCCAUCAAACAAGAAGCAAAAGUACGAGCAAGAGACCCCAUCCUCGGAAGCUACGGCAUCGUCCUCGAGCUCAACAAGCAUAUUCUACAUGCUCGCACAUUGCUCAAUAAUCUCUGCCAGCAACUCACAUUUUGCAGAGCCCAACAUCAUCGCCACCUCCAUGGUGAUUCCAGCUUUGGGACAAACUCGAUGCAUGCACCACCUCCUCCUCCUCUGUUGUCGCAGCCUCCUCCUGCUCCUGCUUAA